UCCCAACAAUUUGUAGGUCUCGUUCCCCGUUCCACUUGCUUGCUGAUCCCGGCGCUAACUCGUUGCCUCACCAAUCUACUCAGGAGCCGCUUUUUUGGAGGCCGUGCGCUCCGUCUGCCUGGCCGGCGACAAACCCUCGACCCCCACUGAGAGAAUGUACGAUGCUGUCUUUCAGAUCUUUCAAAGCAGCAGCUCUUUGGAGCUAACCAUUGCAAGUUUCCAUCUCUUAAUGGAGCUGGGCAAGCAAUAUCCAAGAGUAUAUUUGACAAAUUCUGGUUCCCAUCCAACUCUAGUUAUAGUUAAAGAGUCAUGGUCACCAUUUCUCCUUGGCAACAAUGUAGCUUCUGGUGAGCUUGGGAGAAACACCAGUCGCUCAGAUCACCUCUUUGAUUCUUUGAGAUUUUCUUUGUUGACCGAAGCUAUGGUUGAAGCAUCGAAUGACACAGGUGCUAAUAAUGGGCUUAAGGUAAAUCCCUGAUGGUCUCUAACUCCAGAGAAUAUUGGAAAAGU